ACGCUGGACCUCGGCGGAGAAGGCGUCCUCGGCGCGGUCAGCGACCGUCACCUGAUACGCCGCGCUCCCCCCACACACACCCCCCCACAGAGAAGCAGCGUCGGCACGCUCAUACGAAGGUUCAACGAGGUCUCCGCGUGGGUGACGGAGCUGGUGCUCUCACAGUCCUCAUCAGAAGAGAGGAAGGUGACCCUGGCUUGCAUCCUUCGAGUGGCUCUCACUUGCUGGAACAUCGGCAACUUCAACGGCGCAAUGGAGAUCGUUGCUGGGUUGAAAUCGCACAAGCUAAAGUCCUUUUGGCUGAGCAUAUCUGAGGAACCACUCCCAGUGCUGGACUUCCUCUCAGCGGCACUGCUCUCUGCGGAGUACGAGCGAGCCCUGGCGCGAGCACUAGCCAUGCCUGAAUGCAGACUGAUACCUUUCUUCGGAGCUUUUUUAAGAGAACUUAGGGAAAUCCUUGCUGCUACACCUCCUUUAACGAGCCAUUCAGUAGCCGCCACGCCGACGCACAGAAGGGACUUCAAACGAGACUCAGACAGAUCUUCAAUAAAAAGAGACACAAGAAGAGAGAGCGGGAAGAGGAUAGACCAAAACACACCCAGCCCCUUCCGGGAGAGCAGCAAACGAGACCCUCGGUACAGCGAGCCUAGUAGACAAGUGUACAUAGCAUCGUUCGACGAGGAAGGCGAGCAGUUCCGCCGGGUGGGACCCGAGGGUCUGGUGAACUUGGAGAAGGUGUACCGCACGCAGGCGGUCAUGGACCACAUCGCCAGCUUCCACCAGCACCGGUACAGCCUCGCCAGGACCACGGCGCCGCUGUUCGGAGACUAUUUGAGAACAGCCAUAGCAUCAUGCGAAAACCCCGUCUUCGUUCAGGCGCAACAGAGGACCAAUGGAACUGACUUCGAGAACGAGGCCUUAUACGAGCUGGAGGGUGGAGGGUACUGUCCCGUUCAACCCCUACCGCACGACCAUGGAGUCACCAUGUUCCCUCUCGCACCACAAAAUGGAGAGAGGAUGGAUAGGCAUAUUUUACAGAUAAUGCACCAUGGCACGUCCUGCGUAGUUGGAGAGGCGGAAUGGGGAGGUUCAUUCGCGCACCUCAGGCUAGAGAGGUCCUGCGCACUCCUCACAUGGAGUAGAACGACGCAUCGACCGCACGCGCAUCAUGGUGAAACCCCAUCAGAAAAUGUACAGCAACCUGAAAUUAGUUUAUCAUACAACCCUGAAGAAGUCAUACCGCUCAAAUAUUCAGGGAAUUUAGUGCACGAAAAUGAAGCUGGUGUGGUUGGAGAUGAAGGUUUCAUCGACCUCCAAUGCGUAAAAGACAUGCGACUGAACGGCAAACUAAUAGAACCUCGCGACAUAGCGGAGCUGUGUGCGUCUGCCAAACGACUUGGCUUAGAAACCUGCAGUCAGCGACCACACGUCAUAUCACUAGUAUACGGAAAGACUCUUAGCGAUAAUAGAAUAGUCCAUUUUGUUCUACCACCAUACUCUUUCAGGGUAUGGUCAGUCGGUCUACAUUCAGUCAUCAAGUCACUCAUAAGUCAGACCAAGUUGGCAGACAGGAGUCUGGCGUGGCUUAAGAAUAAAUACACUGCCUUAUACUAUGAAGAUGCCUGCUGUUGCGAACCUUUGGUUUCGGACGCGAUACGGGUAUUUGGAGGUCGGGAAUCAAUAUACGGAAGCUCCUCUCACUCCACCCCAGUCAAAUACACAGACUCUCACAGCGACUCAAUGAAGAGUGCUGGCAUGAAGUUCAAGAAGAACAAAUCCACUUCAGAGCUGAAGAGUUCGCCGAGGAGUUUCAGCUCUCACGCCUCUGGGACGAGGAGUGACGAUGACGCAGCCCAGGGGUCUCCAAGACACAGUUCAUAUUCGGCCGCGUCCAGUCAGCACACAUCGUGCACGCAGCGCCACAGCAGUCUGACCACCAGCGCUCACAGCAGCUCGCCUAACCGCAGUAGUUUGAGAAGACUAGAGACCAGCGAGAGAUUCUGGGAGAACCUCAAGCAUCUGCGGACGGGCUCUGUGGGAUACGACACCCAGUUGGACUUCAUGGACUUCGUUGCCUUAUUCCGGAGUUUCAGUCUAGUUAUGAGAUCUGAGCUGCGAGACGUGUUCGAGCAGCUCGCGGUCCCCAGGAUGAAGAGCUCCCUCCUCGGGGCUGAGAUGAGCAGGAGUUCCCCAGAACUGUUCAGAAGUAAAACUGGUUUUCGAACGGGAUUACUAACAAGGAAUGGUUCGUUGGACUUGGAACCGCCAAGUGACAAGGCGAGCAGGAAAAAGGCCUUCGACAUCCUCGCGGCAGCUGCCUUACCAGGUGCCACUCCAGAUCUAAGCGGGCGGGUGCUUUCUCUGCCUACCCUCGGGAAAUUCUGCGAGACGAGACAAUGUGAACCAAAGACUGAGCAACAACUAAAAGACAUUAUACAGAGGCAUGAACCAGAUCCCUCAUUGAGGAGUGAGAACUGCCUCUCGUUCGAAGGCUUCGUGAGGUUCCUCACAGAUAAGGACAACUAUGCAUUUGUGCCUGAACAGAGAAGAGCUAACAACUUUGUCAGCAAGCCCACUCAAGAAGACGAUAUACCCAAGGAGUUGUCCAAGGAAAUGUCGGGUCCCCUGAGUCAAUACUACAUCGCGAGCAGCCACAACACCUACCUCACUGGCCACCAGCUCAAGGGAGAGUCCUCCGUCGAACUGUACAGCCAGGUGUUGUUGACAGGCUGUCGUUGUGUGGAGCUGGACUGCUGGGAUGGUGAUGAUGGCAACCCUGUCAUCUACCAUGGGCAUACGUUUACCACUAAAAUACCCUUUCGAAGAGUUGUGGAGACCAUUGCAAGAAGUGCCUUUGUGACGUCACCAUAUCCUUUGAUAUUGAGCAUCGAAAAUCACUGCAGUCUGCCACAGCAACAAGUUAUGGCCAGCACUUUUGAGGCAGUGUUCGGAGAUCAACUGGUGACGUCGUUUCUGUUCGAAGUUGAUUAUACGGACGAACCCCGACUGCCCAGUCCAGAGCAGUUGAAAUAUAAGGUUUUAAUAAAAAACAAAAAGAUGUUGCCAGUUGAGUCGAGUCCAACGAUAGGAUUGACCGGCGCCAGCUCAGCGCAGGGAUAUGGCGGCGUGCUUGCAACCGCUUUUAGGUCAAAUGGCAUCAGACACACAAGUUCCUCCUUACCAGACGCGAGUAACAGAACAAGUUCCAUCAUGUCCAACCAGUCAGCCGGGUCCUCACUCACGGAGUACUUCUCUGAUGAAGACUACGAUGAAGAUGAUGAGAUUGAUGAAAAAGAACUCCACAAAAUCCUUAACUCAUUAGAAGAGAAGGCCGGUCGGACGUCCCUUUCCCUCUACCAGAGUUUCCGCAGGAGUGAGGGAGAGAGCGAAGCAGCGGGUGCCAUGAAACACGCAACCACCAGGAAAAGGAGCAACCAGAUCGCGAGGGAACUUAGCGAUAUGGUUACUUAUGUACAGGCAAUAAAGUUCCGUGGCCUCAACCCCAUCUCGCCGAGGAGUUCCAUCAAGCACGCCAGCAACACUGUCAAAGAUAACUCCAGCGCCGCCGCCUGCAGCAGCUUCGAGUCCUCCGAGAGCAGCGACAGCACGGGAGAUAGAACGCAACUAGCGCUGGGUGGUCAACACUCUCGCGCGCGGUGCCUCAACACCCCCGCAGCGCAUCACCCCUGCUACAGGUGCUCUUCCGUCAACGAGGCGAUCGCCAAGAAGAUCUGCAGGAAACACCCCCUUGCUCUCAUCGCGCAUACUGAAACCCAGCUCGUCAGGACUUAUCCCGCCGGCCUAAGAAUAGACUCAUCGAACUUCGACCCUGUGACCUUCUGGUCGUGUGGUGUCCAACUAGUAGCACUGAACUAUCAGACCGAGGAUGCGGCGAUGGCCGUCAACGCGGCGAUGUGCGAGAGCAACGGCUGUCUGGGCUACGCGCGCAAACCACGCGUCAUGUGGGACCCCAACCAUAUCGCUUACAGAAGAUUCAACCCAAUGGACAAGGAAUUCGACGGCAUCCACGCCGCCCAUUUGACAUUAGCUGUCAUCUCUGGGCAGUACGUCGCAGAGAAUGUCUACUCCUUCUACAACGCGUACGUGGAGGUGGAGAUAUUGGGCGUGCCCGCGGACUGCAAGAAAAUCAAGACCAGAGUCGCCAGACGAAACGCUUUGAACCCUAUAUGGAAUGAAACGUUUACUUUCAAGGUAAAUUUUCCUGAGCUGGCGCUCGUACGUUUUGAAGUUUACGACGCGGAUACGAAUUAUAUGCUGUCACAGAGAGUCAUACCGUUGCAGUGCUUGAGGCCUGGAUACCGACAUGUCAGACUGAGAUCACCAACCAACCAGCCAUUAAAUAUGGCGUCUCUUCUCAUAUUCUCCCGCUGUUCUGAAGAGUUGGCUGGUGAGAGUUGCAGAGCUGAUGCUGAGCCAGGCUCCCCCACUCAGCGGCGCAAGAUCCACUUCCUGGUGGUGCACGCGGUGGUGCUAAGCGAGCCUUACUCCAUACUAAAGGUGACGAGGGAUACUACCACCAACGAGGCCAUAGCCCAAUGCCUAACAAAAGCCGGAGUCUGCAAGUCCUCAAGAGGGAACUACGUCCUGGUUGAGGAGGUUCCCUCUCGAGCGCCCACGCAGAGGGUCCUGGCUCCUCAUGAGAGGGUGCUAAAGGCUGCCACGUCGAGGCCUGGAGCCAGGUUGCUGCUGAAGAGGAUUGGUGAUGACCCCAGCAGUAGAGCCUGGUUGACGAGUAUCAGGUCAGCCUCAACAGACAGAUCCCGGGACCACUCAGUGCCUUCGGAUGAAGACUCCAGCACGCAGGAGGAGCCGAGGAAACCUCCGGAUAGCUUUCUCGUCUGCGUUCAUAAUGUUUGCCAUGAAAUCCCUUACGCCAUCUUGAAGGUACCACUCACCGCAACGGCUUCUUACGUUAUCUACCAAGCGUUGACUAAAGCCAGGUGCCAAGAUGACCCCAAACGAUUCGUGUUAGUAGAGGAGUUGGAGUGGGGUGGUAGAGCAGGCGCCGGUCCUCAGCAAAGAGCCCUUGCUGAUGACGAAGUUGUCUAUGCUACUCAGGCAAGUUGGAAAACGCUGGGAAGGUUCGUUUUACAAGAAAGAGGCAGCACAGUCCCAUUGCCACGACACCGGGCAUGCAUAGCGCGAAUACAACGCGGGCUAAGCAUGACUAGAGGAGCUAUUGCUGGUGGUCCUCUGGGCAGCAUCAUAUCAAGUGACAACGUGGCCACAACAGAGUUCAAAACCCCGGUGCAGACGGCUUAUAGCGAUCCUACACAUUGCAGAAGGGUGUCCACAACGCCGCUUGGCAAAGGCAUAGGGCGAGCGAAAGGUCACUCAGACAAAGACAUCCGGUCAUACACGCAAAGAAGAGCUGGCACUAGGGAGGUCCACUCGGAGGGAGAGGUGGGAGGGUCGUUGGGCGCGGAGGCUUUGGCAGCUCAAGUGGCGCGGUUCAAGAGAGUAUCUUUACGGAAGCUGAGGGCUUGGCGAUCCUGAGUGUGGGAGGCCUUCCGCCGGCUCAGCAUGAGCUUGGCGAACCAUCGAGCUUCCCUCUCCUCCGAACUAGGAUCUCUAUGGGACUUCUUCCGCAUCGAUCGAGAGCGCCGCCGCUCCGCACCCGCCUCCACCCCCUUCG